UUCAUAUCUCAAACUCCGCCAUGUUUUGAGAUUUUGCGGAGAGGUGUGUUGGUUGGGUUACGGAGGGUAGCAACAUUUUACAUACGAUUUUCUUCUGGAAAAUGCACACCUCUCAACUAAUUUUAUCUAUUUAUAUACAUUUUAUCGUCCAUAAGACUGUUAGGUCGCAGUAACGUUACAUCAAAUGACAACGGUCCCACAGCUCACUUGUGGUUAGCUAUCGUUUGAAGAAGAUUAGAAGGGGCUUGCUCCCUACAAAUUCUUUCGUCUCCUGCUUUCGGAAUGUUUUCCAAAAAGCCUCAUGGGGACGUCAAAAAAUCUACACAGAAAGUGUUGGAUCCAAAAAAAGAUGUUCUGACACGUCUGAAACACUUGCGGAUUGUUAGUGAAAAUGCUGAGUCGGGGGAUCUGAAGCACUUCUUUGACCAGUACUACUCUCACAUCUACUAUGUGUUCUUUGAGAACUUUGUCACCAUUGAAGUCAGUCUCAAACAAAAAGGUCACAAAUCGCAAAGGGAAGAACUUGACUCCAUUCUAUUCAUAUUUGAGAAGAUUCUGCAACUCCUACCAGAACGAAUACACGGACGAUGGCAGUUCCACAGCAUAGGCCUCAUCCUAAAGAAGCUGUUGCAUACUGGGAACUCUUUAAAGAUCCGAAGGGAGGGUGUGCGUCUGUUCCUGUUAUGGAUGCAGGCCUUGCAGGGAAACGCACUGAGAGAGCAGCUAUGGAUAUUUGCCUGUCUGAUCCCAGGCUUCCCAUCCCCUCAGUCAGAGCUGGGACCCCGUACCCUGGACAACCUGGUGAACCCUCCUCUCAGCCUUCAGGAGACUCAAGUGACUCCAGAAGAGAUCAGUCCCCUGGUUCCUCCACAGUCAGGGGAUAAGGGACAGGAAGACCUCACAGGAUACUUUCUGGAGGCUCUUCUGAAAUACAUGGUAAACCAGGCCAAAAGUCUGGAGUGGAAGUGCAAAGAUAACCACGAGAAGGGCUUCGCAUUCCUGUUUGGAAACUUCAAGAAAUAUUACCUGCCGCACAUAUUCCCUAACUUUUCCAAGGAGACCAGUUUGUACCAUCCCAUACUGGAGGUUCCAUCAAUGAGACCAAAGCCUUACUACAGUGUGGUGAAGAAAGACCCAGAGACCAACGAGGCAGUGUACUGUACCAAGGAGAGCCUCCUCAACGCCCGGGUCAUCUUCAUCCGCUGGCUGGUGUCCUUCUGGCUGGAGCCACGCUCCAACACUGGAACACACAUCCCCGGGGUGGACGGAGAGAGGGAGAGCGUGCCAAAGAACAUCCAGAGGGCAGCAGCUGGGCUGGCAGGGCGGGGACAUGGGCUAGGGGAUGACUUGGGCCCCAGGGCAGACAGCCUGGAUGGAGGGAUAGGUUGUGAGAAGGAGCAGUCCCACUCCAACACCUCCACCCUGACAGAGAGGGAGCCCAGCUCCUCCAGCCUGUGUAGUAUGGACGAGGAGCACCUCACUGACAUGGAGGUUGUGAGAAGAGUCCUCUGUUCCUCCAGGACCAAUGUCAACUUCAUCACUGAGAUUUUCCGACAGGCCUUCCUGUUGCCAAUGUGUGAGGCUGCAGCCAUGAGGAAGGUGGUGCGUGUGUACCAGGAGUGGUUUGCCCAGGAGGACAAACCUUUGUUUAUGAGGGAGCCGGAGGAUGAGAGGAUAUUUUCCACCGCCGGAGAAGUUAACCUGGAGCCUGUACCCCAGCAGGGCCCAGAGAAGGAAGAGAGGGUGAAUAAAGUGUCUGAGAAAGAGCUGCUGGAGUACAGUGUGCAUGCAGGUGUUCAGCCCACUCUUCAGGUGUUUGUCACCAACUCGGCCAAUGUGUUUCUGCUGGAACCAGCCAACGAGAUGAAGAUGCUGCUAGAGGAACAUGUUGACAUGUGCAAGAGAGUCCUUAACAUCUACCGCAGCCUGGUCAUGCAUGAAACCAUGGACCAGAAGACAUGGGAGCAGAUCCUGCUGGUCCUGCUGAGGGUAACCGAAUGUGUGAUGAAGAGACCUCCCUCAAUCAUGCCCCACGGCAAGAAGAACAUGACCCUCUCAGGGAGACUGGCCGGAGCAGUCUUUCAGACCCUGAUAGUGGCGUGGAUCAAGGGGAACCUGAACGUGUACAUCUCCAGGGAGCUGUGGGACGACCUGCUGGCCGUGCUGUCCUCGCUCACCUGCUGGGAGGAGCUGGUCACAGAGUGGUCCCUCACCAUGGAGACACUCACCAAGGUUCUAGCCCGCAACCUGUAUAGUCUGGACCUCAACGAGCUGCCGCUGGACAAGCUGAGCGAACAGAAACAGAAGAAACACAAAGGGAAAGGGGGAGCUCACGAGGGCCAGAAAAUGGCUGUGGACCGUUCGUUCUCUAAGGGCUGGAGCAGGGACCAGCCUGGGAGUGGGAGCGGCCAGGCAGCAGCCAUGAGGCAGCGCAGUGCCACCACCGCUGGCUCUCCGGGCAUGGAGAAGGCCAGGAACACCAUACGCCAGAAGACUGGGGCCCUGCGUAGCUGCUCUACGGGCGACAGCCUCCUGUCCCAAGCCUUUAUCCGCAGCGCUAAAAGUGCCCCUGUCCUCGUCCAUCACCACCACCCUCUCCUGCCUGACUCUGUCCUCACUCCCCUAGCUGACAAGCUGGCAGACAUGGACGAUCCCCCGAUGGCAUCUCGGACCCCCAGGAUCCGCCACUGCUCCCAGAGCGAGGAUACCCCGGCCUCGGAGUUGUUUUCGGCGUCUUGCGACCUGGACCCCCAGGGGUCCACACUCCCCCGCAGCAGCAGCGCCUCCGACAUCAUGGAGCCCUUCAUCGCCGAGAGGGUCAAAGGUGCACUUCCUGUCCCUGACAGUCCCCCCCCUCACCCCACCACUGCUGUCUCUGUUCCCCACCACCAGGUCCUGCACCCCCCCAAACCCCCCACUACCCUAGGUAGCAGCGUGGCCUCUCUGGAGGUGGGGGAUAGCAUCUAUGACCACCUGUGGCAGAUGAUAGGCCCCCGCCCCCUUGCCCCUGACUGGACUUGUGGUGGAACCUCCUUCUCCUCCACCCUCACCCAGUCCUCCGAGAGAGAGGAGGAGGGGGAGACUGAGGGUGAGGAGGACCUGCUUAGCUCUCUCAGGGAGUAUCUGAUGCAAAGAAGCCUGGAGGAGGGAGGUGGAGGGGGUGGGGGGGGUGGCCCUAGUGAGGCUGUGGAAGGUAGCGCUGUGACGGUACAGUCAGGGUCACAGCAGGUCAGGAGACAGGUCCAGGUAAGGCAGCAGAGCAGCUUGGACUCAGCAGAGGAGGACAGUGCAGAGGCAGAGCAGCAGCCUCCUGAUAGGAGCAUUUAUGAGUGUCUGGAGCAGAGUGAUGACUGGGAGCUGGCCAGCAGGGGGUGCUCUAGUCUAGAUCAGCAGGUAACUCCUCAGGGCACAGAGAAUAGGGGGGAGCCCCACUUGGUCAGGCAGGAUGCCACAGAGUGUGAGUAUAAUAACGAGACAGGAGGUUCAGGCAUACAAGCCCCUCAGCCCCGGCAGCAGUCCCAUUCUCUCCACCAUGCCCUCAAGCCCAGGUUGGUCCGGGGCAGGCUCAAAAAGCACCACGGGGGAGGGGUGCACGUCAGUUUCCGGCCCUCCACAGAGUCUGUCCAGUUCCACAACCCUCUAGAUUCCAAGGAGGCCCACUGGAGGACCAGGCUGCGCCGCCUCAGCCACUUCAGCAGCCACUCUGUAGGAGUGGGGGGGUCUGGUGGGGCAGGAGUGGGUGGGUCAAAGGGUAAAGAGAGGUCAGGAGGGGAGGGGGUGAGCGGAAAUGGGGAGCAGCGUGAUGGGGAGGCCAGUGGAGUGGUGGGUCAUGCGACAGGGCAAGGGCGUGUCCGUCUUGGGCGCUCUGCCCUUCGGCCCCGUGGGACCCGGUCCAGAUCCCAGGAUGCGGAAUCGGGGAUCAGUCCCUCUCGGCAGCAGCAGGGGGCUCUGUUGGGCGGUGUGUAUAAAUCUGUGGUCCAUGCUCUCUCCAAGCCCAAGGCCCACGCCUCCGGCUCAGCGUCUCCCCAGCGGCACAGCAAAGCCCCCGGCGGGGCCACAGAGGCGCCCCUGAGGGACCUGUACACUCAUGUAUUGGGCUAUUUUGGAAGAAAAGCACCAGCCAACAAAGAGGAAACUUGUCAGAAGAUGCGGCCUGUGUCCAGUGACGCAGGCAACAGCAGCCAAAACUUUGGCGACCUGAUGGACGAGUUUAUCCAAGAGCGUCUGCGGUCGGGAGGCACCUCUGGUAUGACCAGGCGUGGCAGCAGCCCCGGUAGUCUGGAGAUCCCUAAGGACCUGCCAGAACUCCUGAACCGUCAAAACUCCACACGACCCGUGGAAGACCCCGGCGUGCCCUCAGAGUGGACCUCCCCCGCCAGUGGCAGCAGCAGCGACUUAAUCAGCUCCGACAGCCAAUCGGACUCAUUUAACGCCUUCCAGUAUGCCAACUGCAAGUUUGAAAAUUUCAGCUUUGGUCCAGAUGGCGUUGGUGCGGGGUCGUUGGACCAGGAUAACACUAGCCUGGGAGGAGUACCCCAGACUGCAGAGGAACAGGAGCUGUCCAGCCUCACCACCCUGCACAUUGACUCAGAGACCAGUAGUCUGAGCCAGCUUGGCCUGUCUGCAGAUACCGUCACCAUCACAGGUUCAGAGAGUGCGUCCCCGAUGCAUUCCCUGGGGGGUUCCCGCUCUCAGACCCCGUCCCCAGCCACACUGACCGCUGAACAUGUAGCUCUGCAGCACAAGGACCUGCAGCUGGAGGAGAAACUACAUCACUCUGUAGUACAGACUCCAGAUGACCUGGAAACCAGUGAGUUUCCCACAGAGGACUCCAGUGUGAUGGCUGGUGGCUCGCUGACCGGUUGGCACGCUGACGUUGCCACGGUGAUGUGGCGGAGAAUGCUAGGCAUUCUGGGAGAUGUGAACACCAUUAAGGACCCAGAGAUCCACGCGCAGGUCUUUGACUACCUCUGUGAGCUGUGGCAGAACCUGGCCAAGAUCAGAGAUAAUCUGGGGAUCUCUCUGGACAACCAGUCGUCUCCUCCUCCCCCGGUCCUCAUCCCUCCCCUUCGGAUCCUCACCCCCUGGCUCUUCAAAGCGACCAUGCUGACUGAGAGGUACAAACAGGGGAAGCUGCACGCCUACAAGCUCAUCUGUAAGAUCAUGAAGAGGAGGCAGGACGUAUCGCCCAACUCUGACUUCCUCACACACUUCUACAACAUCAUGCACUGUGGCCUCAUGCAUGUCGACCAGGACAUAGUGAAUACCAUCAUUAAGCACUGUUCUCCUCGGUUCUUCUGCGUCGGCCUUCCCGGGGCCACCAUGCUCAUCCUGGACUUUAUCAUCGCAGCCAGCAGAGUCACAGCCUGCUCUUCGCUCAACGCCCCGCGGGUGGAGGCUCAGAUCCUGCUGGGUUCUCUGGUGUGUUUCCCUAACCUGUAUGAGGAGCUGCCCGCCCUGCACCCCACCACCGCUGACGUGGUCAUGACCAAGUUCAGAGACGUCAAGGAACACAUCAUCAAACACAUCCUGAGUUCAGCAAGAGAUGAGCCUUCAGCCCCAGCCAGGUGUGUGGCCCUGUGCAGUCUGGGUAUCUGGCUGUGUGAGGAGUUGGUCCACGGCACCCAACACACUCAGAUCAAAGAAGCCCUCAACGUCAUCUGUGUCACUCUGAAGUUUCCAAAUAAAACUGUUGCGCUGGUGGCCUCCGACAUUCUGCACUUGCUCAUAAACUAUGUCGAUGACCUUCAGAAAUUCCCCCCAGACACUCCAAAGAAAAUAGUUGAGAUCCUCAUAGCGACCGUAACUCACCUGCUCCCCACCACAGAAUCUUCCCCUCAUGAACUGGAUAAGAGGUUGGUGGUGUCUCUGCUGUUGUGCCUCCUGGAUUGGGUGAUGGCCCUGCCUCCUAAGACUCUGCUGCAGCCUGUCCAAACUCUCAGCCCUGACAAGGACAAGCCAGACAAGUCUGUCCUCAGCUGUAUCUAUAAGGUGCUGCAUGGCUGUGUGUAUGGGGCCCAGAACUUCAACAGCCUCAGGUAUUUCCCCAUGAAUCUGUCAGACCUGACCAGUCCUGACUACGACCCCUUCCUGCUGCUGGAGAGUCUGAAGGAACCAGAGCCCCUCCACUCCCCUGACUCAGAACGCUCCUCCAAACUACAGCCGGUCACUGAGGUGCGGAGCCGUAUCCAGCAUGGUCUGAUCUCCAUCGCAGCCAGGACAGUCAUCACACACCUCGUCAACCACCUUGGCCACUACCCCAUGUCUGGAGGCCCUGCCACCUUGACCAGCCAUGUCUGUGAGAACAUGGACAACCCCUACAGCGAGAGCCCUGACCUGGCCCCAGAGCUCUUCGACGGGCCCAACCUACAGUUCUUUGUCCUGAACGGUACCACCCUCCUGUCCUGUCUCCAGAUCCGGGCUGAGGACGGUGUGCCCGGAGGUGGGAUGUCUGCAGGCCUCACCACGACCAGCGCCUGUGUGAGGGUUAUUGUUAGGGAUAUCUCCGGCAAACACUCGUGGGACUCGGCUGUACUGUACGGCCCGCCUCACUGUGGUGCUCCUAACCAGCCCCUGCACCUCUACAGUAAAAGACCUACAGAGAGAACGAAUACAGAUGGGGAGAAGAUCCGAGCAGGGGAUCUUGGAGAGAGAGAGGGGGCUGCACUGGAGGAGGAGGAGGAGGAGGAAGAAGAAGAGGUGGUUGUGGUGCUGGAAGAGGAUGAGCUGGGAGAGGAAGAGCAGGGGGAGGCUGUGGAGGAGGAAGAAGAGGGGGAGGAUGAAGGUGCCUUGGAGCUGAUGGCCCCGCAGGCCAAGCGUGUGUGUCGGGAGGUGGUUCCGUCCUGGGACUCCCUACAAGAAGAUGACGUUCUAGAUGAGAUGCUGCAGUACCUGGGCUACUCCAGCCCCGAGUGUCUGCAGCGUGCCGGUGCCCCCCUCAACAUCCCAGCCCCGCCCCCUGUCUGCAUCUCGGAGAAGCAGGAGAACGACGUGAUCAAUGCCAUCCUGAAGCAGUGUGCUGAGGAGAGGGACUUUGCGGUGCACAGGGGGAAUGGGCUGAACAUGAGCGCUGUGGAGCAGGGAGAGCCGGAGCCCCACAGGCCCCAGUCCGCCUUUUACUACUGCAGGCUGCUACUCAACAUCCUGGGCAUGAACUCCUGGGAGAAGAGGAGCAACUUCCAUCUCCUGAAGAAGAACGAGAAACUGCUUAGAGAGCUGAAGAAUCUCGACUCCAGGCAGUGUCGAGAGACUCACAAGAUAGCCGUGUUUUACGUGGCGGAGGGGCAAGAGGACAAGCACUCUAUCCUGUCUAACACCAGUGGUAGUCAGGCCUAUGAGGACUUUGUCUCUGGGCUGGGCUGGGAGGUGAAUCUGACCAGUCACUGUGGCUUCAUGGGAGGUCUUCAGAGGAACAAGAGCACGGGUCUGACCACGCCUUACUUCGCCACCUCUACCGUUGAGGUCAUGUUCCACGUCUCCACACGCAUGCCUCCCGACUCUGACGACUCACUCACCAAAAAGCUACGCCAUCUUGGGAAUGACGAGGUGCACAUCGUGUGGUCGGAGCACUCCCGAGACUACAGGAGAGGCAUCAUCCCCACGGAGUUUGGAGACGUCCUCAUCAUCAUCUACCCCAUGAAGAACCACAUGUACAGCAUCCAUAUCCUCAAGAAGCCAGAGGUCCCAUUUUUCGGGCCGCUGUUUGAUGGAGCCAUAGUGGAUGAGAAGAUCCUUCCCACCAUGGUCCGGGCUACAGCCCUCAAUGCCAGCAGGGCUCUAAAAUCCCUCAUCCCCCUCUACCAGAACUUCUACGAGGAGAGAGCCCGUUACCUGGAGACCAUCGUCCAGCACCACCUGGAGCCAACCACCUUCGAGGACUACGCAGCGAGGGUCUUCUGCCCCGCCCCCUACCACCACCACCUCUCAGACCCCGAGAGCUUGAUAUUUCUGCUCCUUCCCAAAACUCCACUAGAAAACAUUGGGCUCGGCAAGGUAAAGGGCAAAGGCUUGAAACGGAAGGUCUUUCAUGCUAGCUGUGAAUGGCUCAUGCCUCGAGAGUCAGGAGGGAGAAAGUCCAGCAGCAGUGCAGCUAGACGGGGCCGACCAGUUAGCCUCGCCAAUGUCCCCUCGUACUAGCAAGAGCCGCAUGUCCAUGAAGCUCCGACGCUCCUCCGGCUCGGCCAAUAAGACCUGAUUGGACUUUCCCUCUGCUGAUCGUCCUCCAUGCAACACCUUGCAUGAGGUCACAGCCUUCAGACAAACCGACUGACUCUCUGUACUGUAUAGCUAGGACUGCACUGCAACUACCAGCCUUUACCUGCUAACAGCGCUGCAUCGCAUGUUAUGUACCCCCACUAUAUGGACAUGGACACGCCUGCCCUGCAGGGUCAGAAUCAGCGUCAACCCUACUGCACCACCCUUCCAAGAUACAGGAUAAGGCCUUCAACAGAGCCAGACCCAGAGGGGCCAGCCCAGGGGCCCCCAGGACUCAGCUUGUGGUAUCAGGGCCUCCAACAGAUUAAACAAGUCCCCUGGGCAAGGUUCGCUAACUAUGCUCACUACCACCUCAAACUUCACACAGAAUAUAAUAUACUUAGAUAUAUAAAAGAAGCAGCAUCGGUUUGGUUUUGUACAGAAAGCAUAAAGGCAACAUGAGAGAUGUGUGUUCAUUGUAAGUAGCAUUGUUGAUGGUUGAAAUCACUUGAUAUUAGACUGAGAUGAUGAACUAUUGUGUGGUCUUUCUCUGCUGUUGUAGCUGAGCAGAGUGGCUAAUAUCCUGUCCUCCCUGCUCUCUGGGCACCUGACUCUGCACCCACUAGGAAAUGGAUUGUAAGAGUUUGUAAGAAAGAACAAAGAAACACAAAGUAAGAAAAGCUAAUUUGUCAUAUUUGGUCACUGUGUCCACCGUGAGACAAAUUUAUAUAUAUAUUUGUACUAUAUUCUGUAUAUACAGGAGUUGUCACUUUCUUUAUGCUUGGACUGAAGCAAUGUCAGCCAGUGUUCAAAGAUGAGAUGAACGUUUUGAAGUUGGAAAAGUUUGUUUCUAGAAUUCUGAGAUGGAAAUUGUUUGGUUAAAGUGAAGCACUUACAUUUUGGUUUUGGUUUUCACGCUAAACGUGCGACUGAGUUUGACUUUCUGAGUUCACACUACUGUUGUUCUUUUGAGGGUCACAUGUAUUUUUUUUUAAUCGAGAUUGUAAAAUUGUUUUUCACCUGAUAAAGAAUGUUACUGAUGAUUUAGUUUUGUUCAUAUACAAUAUGUUGUAUUGAACCAGCCCUUUUUUCACUUAUGAUGACUAUAUUAUAUAUAUGAGAAUACAUAUUUAAGGUGUAUAGUGUUGAUGACCAUAUCUGGUCUGUGUACAGAUUUGAAUAUAGCUGCCAAAAAAAAAACUUGACAUCUAUUAACUUUAAGAUACGUAGACCAACGGUUGGAUGUGGUUUCAGAUCUUCUGCUUGUGUUUCAUAUAAGAGGUCUUCUGCCUUGGACGUCAUCACAAAGCUUGCCUGCUGAAGUUGGCCAAUACAACACUGUACUGUAGCUUUGUCCACAGCUAGAAAAAGCUCAUUGCUGUUAAGGUUCGUGUGUCUGUCUGUGCAACAACACAAAUGAGGAUGGAAAGAGGACCAUCUCCUGUGAUAUGGAGACAUUCCCUCCUGUAAAGUAUUGGUAUUAACACAGUAUGUACUGUAUAGGAGCUUAAACAACCGUAUACCGUUUCUUCACUGUCCAGCUCGCCAAUAAUCACCUAAAUUAAAUCUAGACAGUCAGGAAGUAUCAAAACAAUUAGCAAGACUGUUGUCUAUUUUUUGCAAAUUUGGACUUCGAGGGAAUAUAAAACAUUUUCAGUGUGGCCCUCUGGACCUCGUUGAAGACCGAAUGCCGUCCCUGGGGCAAAAUGAGUUUGACACCACUGUUAUUUAUUUGGCUUCUUCUGAAACUCCAGCUAGGCUCUCUGCAGGUGGGCUUCACAGCAAGCUAAUGUGCUAUUUGUCGAGAACGCUUCUCUACUGUCCCCUUCAUGUAUUGAAGCAGGUCUUCAUCGUGGUCUUCCACCCUGGCCUGCCUCUCCAACAACACCUGUACCUGGGUCGUUCUUGAGUUCCAAUGGCAUUUUGGGGGGGGAAUAAUAUUUUAUAUUUUUUAUUUACAUGUAUUUGGGUACAUCUUCCUGUCUAAAUUGGCUAAUAUGGCAGCUUAAUGACUUUAAAUCAUGUUUACCAUUAUGAUAGCAUUGUGCCACCCAUAGGAGUAGUAACACUGAUGAGACAUUUUAGGUUGAGGAUUUUCUUGUAAAGUCAUUAUAAAUAAUUGACUAAAGUGAUAUGAUUAAUAAUUUUGCUCACAAUGUAAUUUCCCUUAAUUUAAAUUGAGUAACACCUGUUGGAUUUAAACACCAAACUAUCAAUGAAAUCCUCAAAUGUAUGACAUACUUAAAGGGUGUGAUUAGUUAAACAUUUUCUUUAAUAUGGACCCCUCCCUGAUAAGUUUGCCACUUAAGAAUGCUCAAGGUCUUUGUAUGUCUUUGCAAUGAGUGAUUUUCAAGGCGGUAACACCAAUGACAUAAAACUGAUGGACAGUUUCUUUUUAAAUAGCCUGUUUUUAUUGAUCUAUACCCGGGAUGGGCAACUCCAGUCCUCGGGGGCCUGAUUGGUGUUACACUUUUGCCCCCACCCCUAACGCCAUUAAUCAAAGAAUCAUGAUCUUCAGUUCAGAAUGCAAUUAGUUUAAUCAGAUGUUAGAUAUAGGGAUGGGGGAAAAGUGUGACAGCACUCCAGCCCCGAGGCCUGGAGUUGCCUAUCACUGAUCUAUACAAUCUAUUAAAUACUUUUGUUCACUAUCUAGUAUUCAAAAUAAUUGAUCACUAAAUCCCCAAAACAUGUCAAUACAACUAUACAGCACUACUGGAAAAAGCCCAUUUGCUUAUCCUUAGUACUUUAAACAAUGCAGAAACAUAAUGUUUGGCAGUAUAAAGGACUUACAUUAUGUUUUAGUAUUGAUGAACUGUUCCCUAUAAACAAAAACAUGUAUGAUGUGUUACUUUUUGUCAUUUUAAAGUGUGUUUCGUGGUUGCGAAGGCAAGGGAGGCAAAUCCCACUGCAAUUCAAGAACGACCCACCCCUUUGUCACUCCAGUUGCCAACUGUGUCCAACUUUACGACACACUAACAGAGAAAACACUGCAUUUUUAUCUUUGAAUUCUGCUAUUAUUUUUUGUUAUACUUUAUCGUUAUUUGCUUUCAGCUAUAGGUUCUCUGCUAGAGAGGAAAGGGAUUGUAAAUACCAUUUUUGGACCUUUUUGGUUGUAAUAUCUUUUAAAAACUGCUGCCAUGUCUAAGGUCAAAUCCAUGUUAUUUUUGUGUUACGUUUGAAUAUAUGAGCUUGAAGUCCUUUCCGAUAGUUAUUAUUAUUAUAAGAUGACCAAGGAUGAGAACUAAAAACUUGCCAGAGAGAGUGAGGAAAUCAUGCUGCAUCCUUACUUAAAGCUGAGGAGAUUGGAUAAGAUUGGUUUGCUCUCUCCCUACACUCAGACGGGACUGAAACGUGUACAUACUGUAAAGUUUUUAAAAAAUGACUUGCUCAUUUAUGGAGUUAUACUGUAUGUUACUACUGACCAAAUACUGCAUGAUGCCAGUAAGCCUACUAACUGCAUGUGUUGGUAUAACAUCUACACACACACACACUCACACAAAAUGAAAUGGUAUUGGCAUACUUGUAUCUAUACGUUUGUAAUGGCUGUCCAGAAAGAGAGUGGGUGUGCAAUGGAAUUUGACAAUAAAAAGUAUUCUUACUA